AUGCCAAAAAGCUGGAAUGAAGCCAUAAUUAUUCCGAUUUACAAAAAAGGUGACAAGUCAAUUUGUGAAAACUAUAGAGGAAUAUCAGUGCUUAACUCAGCUUACAAAGUGUUUGCGAGAAUACUAUUAAAACGGCUAACACCGUACCCAGAAGAAAACUUAGGCAGAUACCAGUGCGAAUUCCGAAAAGGGAAAUCAACAAUACAACAACUCACUAUCAUAGGCCAAUUAAUAGAAAAAAUAUAUGAAUUCCGCCAAAACAUCUGGCAGCUAUUUGUUGAUUUCAAAAAGGCCUACGAUAGUAUACAUCGACAAAGUCUCUACAACAUAAUGGAGGAGUUCGGGAUCCCACAAAAAUUAGUGACGUUAACAAAAAUGUGCAUGGAAAAUACACAGUACAAAAUAAGGGUUGAAUCUAUGGUGUCAGAAGCCUUUGAAACUAAAACCAGACUAUAUACAGCAAUAAUAAGACCGACGCUCACCUAUGGCUGUGAAGCAUGGACUACUACCAGCACAACCGAAAGAAGACUUAGGACCUUUGAAAACAGAAUUUGGAGGACAAUUUGUGGAUCAGUUUAUAAUAGCGUCAAUUUAACCUGGAGAAGAAAAUACAUCAAAGAACUACAAGACGAAUUGGGAAUUGCAUCAGUUAUCAGCUUUAUAAGAGGGCAAAGGAUCCAAUGGUUAGGACACGCGAUGCGGAGAAGUGAGGAUGAUAUAAGUAGAACAAUCCUAAACUGGAAACCAAUGGGAAAGAGACCGCGAGGAAGACCCAAGAAAAGGUGGUUGGAUGUUGUGGAAGAAGAUCUUGAAAGAUUGGGAGUACAAGAGUGGAGGGAAGUAGUACAGGACCAUGAAAAAUGGAGAGAUAUUGUGAUGGCGGUCAAAACUUUUAGAGAGUACUAA